AUGAUGAAAACAAGUGCAGAUAGAUAUAAGAUCAUUGAAGAAUUUUGCUGUAGAAUGACAGGCAUGGUGAAAGAAUGGUAUCACAAUCUUGGAUCUUUCAAACAAGAUGAUUUACAUUGUUUAGAAAAUACAGCUAAUAUUCUUGGUGUGCUUUACCGUGAAUUUAUUGGUGAUAUGGAUAUAUUUGAUAGGAAAAAUAGACAAGAAUUCUUUGAGAUGAAGUGUUGUUCUCUCAAAACAAAAGACCUUGACAAACAAUAG